AUGAAUUGUUUACAAAACCUGAAGGGCCGCGGAAAUGGUUUGUCCAGUGGUGAAAUUACGGACAUACCCCUCCCCAAAACGGCGUCGUUUGAGAAUGAUAUAUACUCCCCUUCCAGCUGGCCCAAAGGGCCAGCGUUCGGUUUUAUAGGCCUCGAUGAGGCUCUCGUAGGACCAGUCCCAGAGGUGUUUAUCGAUUUGUUUCUGCCUGAUUUCUUGGCUAUUUUCUCAUUUCGGUGUUCUUCAAUGGAUUGGAGAAAGCUUUUUGGCUGCUCUACGGGACUUGACUUAGAAUUUCAUCCGCCUAGGGUUAGCGAAGGGAGUAUCUCCGUUCACCCACCUCCUGAAGUCCUUGAAGCGGGGAUUGAUGAGUGGAAACUUUCACUCGUUGGGCAAUUCCUUGGUGCAGCCCUAAACUUUGCUACCAUGCAACGAAUCGCUGAUAAUCUCUGGAAGAAAGCUCUCGGGGGCAGCAAAGUUCAUGUAAGUUUUGCCGGUAAUAAUCUCUACGUAUUUUCCUUUAAAUUUGAAUCUAUUAGGGAUUGGAUCCUUGAGAAUGGACCCUGUCAUAUUCUUAAUAAACCCCUAAUUCUUAGGAAAUGGGAACCUAACUUGAAUAGAUUGCAAUUCGAUUUAUCCCGUAUCCCAGUUUGGGUUCAUCUAUUCAACGUACCCCUUGAACUUUUCUCUAGAAAUGGACUGAGUUACAUUGCUAGCGCCAUAGACUCUCCUCUCACUAUGGACUCUGUUACUGCUGCUAGAUCCCAUCUAGAAUUUGCUAAAGUCUGUAUAGAGAUUGGGGCUAAUGACGUUAUUCCUAAAUUUGUGAAUAUGGUUAUUAAGGAUGGAAAAUCCAUCUCUAUUGUUGUAGAGGUACCUUGGCUGCCCUCAAGCUGUAUUUCCCCAAAAUCACCUGAUGUCUCUGUGCUGAACCCAAUUAUAUUGAAUUCUGAGACACUGGUUGAUAAUACUAUUAAUUCUGAUGUUGUUAGUUCAGUUACUAAGGACGAAAAAAUUAUGCUACACUCUAAAUCUAUUGCUGACUCUUCCGAGAUCCUUUCUACAUCUCAGCCUAAACUAGUAAAAAACAAUUCCAAAUUAUUUGUAUCUGCUUCUAACAAUCGAUUUGAGGUAUUAAGUGUCGAGGAUGAAUCCUCUAUUGUUACUGAUCGUCAACAAAGGAAAAUUAGGUCAGCUUCCUUAGGAGUGGCCAGAAUUGUUAACGAAUUGAAGAUGAAAAAGAAAGAUAAUUUAGUCAAAGCUAAAAAUGCUGAGGUAGAUGGUAGUGGAGGUUAUCAUUCUGGUUUGCCAUUUAUAAUUACUGUUGUGUAUGGUAGUAAUGAUGGUAGAGAAAGAAGGCUUCUUUGGCAUCAAUUAAGGGACUUGGAUAGAAACUUAGGACAUUUCCCUUGGAUCAUAGGUGGUGACUUUAACAUUAUCCUGAACUCUAAUGAAUCUUUUGAUUUUGAUUUGUUGGGUCAUUCUUCUUCAUCUGAUAUGAGAGAUUUUCAGGAAAUUCUUACUGACCUUGAUCUUUUUGACCAUCCCUUUUUUGGCCCUACCUUUACUUGGAGCAUUUCUGAUCAUUGCUUGGCCCUUCUUUGGAUUCAUAAAGAGAUGCAAGCCAAUAGACCCAAGCCCUUUAAGUUUUUUAAUUUCUGGACUCUUCACCCAAACUUUAUGUCUUUGGUUGAAAAAUCUUGGUUUUCCCCUGCCAAAGGGAACCGUAUUCAGAUUCUUUUCUCUAAGAUUAAGCUUCUUAAAACUCAUCUUAAAACUCUCAACAAUUCUUUCUUUAGUGAGCUCUCUUAUAGGGUUAACUCCAAAAGAGCGGAACUUGAACAGCAACAGCUCAAAACUCUUAAAGUUGCCUUAAAAAAUAAAAGAGACACCAUUAGGCUGUUGAUUGAUGAUCAAGGGAAUAGGUUGGAAUCUUUUGAUGCCAUGUCUACUGAAAUUAUUAAUUUCUUCUCUAACUUGCUAGGCUCUUCCGAUCCAACGGUUAAGAGUAUUGAUCCUAAUUUGCUAAGAUACUUGCUUCAUUCUUCUAUCCCAGCUGAGUUUAUUGCUGAUCUUACCAAAGAUAUUACCAUGAAUGAAAUUAAAGAGGGUUUCUUUUCACAAGGUAACGAUAAAGCCCCUGGUCCUGAUGGCUAUUCCCCUCUAUUCUUUAAACUCUCUUGGGCUAUUAUUGGUGAAGACACAACUGCUGCCAUAAAAUAA